AGUUCUGCUUUCUCAUUUUGCCAUCUUCUUGCUAGAUGCAAAAAACUUGUAUUGGCCCAUAUUGUAAGCAGCUGAAAGGCUGAACAGUUGUUUAUUAUCAGAUGAACAGUGGUCACAAAAAUAAGGAAUGGCUGGCAGAAAGAUGAGGUUUGGUGUCUUAGCACCGGGAGGCAAGAAGAUAAUCCUGUGUACCUUGUCUACAGGUGAUCGGAUAGUCAAGUGGAAUUCCUUGCCAUUCAACCUGUUCCCAACUCAUUUCAGUCAGUGGAAUUUAGGCAAGUUAACUCCAUGUCCACGAUUCAUCUAUAGUCACCUUUGUCAAAAAGACACCAUUUUAAAAUGAUGUCACCUUUUGAAUGUGUAAAUGAAGAAAUUUUGAAAUGGUUAAUGAUCUUUUAAAUGAGUUACCAGUAGCAUAUUCAUCAGUUGUCAGUUUUAAGAAAGGAAACCUGUUAUUUGUAAAGACACUCCAUAUGUGUUAAAAUUCUGGUUAGUAAUACCAGUUAUAAAUUUUCUUUUUUUAAAAAAUGCCUAAGGUUUAGCUUGCAGAAUUAACUGGGAAGACUUGCUUAAGAGCAGACUUGAGGGCUGGGUCCUCUCUGUAGGUGAAUGCACGCAAAGCUGGCUGCUGGUGUAACGGGUGAGUGGGUGGACUGAGACAGUUGCCUGGGAGAGAUUAUGAUCUCUCCUGCCUAGUUGUGAUGCUGUGGAGCCCCUGCCAGUGAGGUGUGGAUGCCCUGCCACCUUGCACCAGUCUGCUUAGACAACAGAAACAUCAGUAACCAGAGCUGCCACUACCAACCAAGAAGGGAAGCACACAGGAGAAGCCAUGGUAAAGAAAAGAAUUGGGUUAUUUUAUGAGGCAAUGAGCAAUGAAUUUGGCCUUGUAUCCCCCCUACUCUGAUCAAGAUCUGAGUGAAGGCAGGGAGGUUGAUGUGACUUUUUUUGUUUUAUUUUGGAGGCAACAAAUACUGCUCACAGUAUACAAACUAUUGUAUUAGCUUCUUGGUAAACAAAUCUAGAGUCCAAGAUGUACAGCUACAUUUAUGUUAAUAAAUUUAUUAUAAGGGAAGUCAUAUGCAGCAAAAGAAGGACGGAGUUGGAGCUUUUUUUUCUUUUUGAGUAGAAACUUCUCUGGAUGUACUUUGAAUACAGUAUUUUAACCCUGUAUUAAUGGCCUUUUCCUACUAGCUUGUGAGUAGUGAAAUUGGUAGCAAAGAAAUGGGGACAAUUCCCUAGAUACUCUGUAAGACUGGGUGGAAUCAUCUGCCAAAAGAUUCAUAUUUAAAUAUACCAUGUCCAAUAAGAGUGUUUUUGAGAGAACCCAUUACAUCAGAGGUCCUCAAACUUUUUAACCAGGGGGCCGGCGCGCGGAUGCAGUGGCAGGCAGUCAUCUGCAGCUGCUUGGUUUCCCCCCCAACCCCCGGCGGGGGGGUCUGUAAAUACCGGGGGCCGGAUUGAGGACCCUGGGGGGCCGUAUCCAGCCUGCGGGCUAUAGUUUGAGGACCCCUGCAUUACAUUCACGGUACUGGGGAGUCUGCAUAGCAAUCUACAGGAGACAUGCUUAUUUUUCUUUUAAAAUAUAUCGUAUUUUGUGUUUCAGAUUUCUGUUAUUAAACUAUGUGCAUGACACAGUAAUAAACAAUUUAGAAACUGGUUAUUGACUGAGCAGCCAUGAUUACAGAAGUGUAUGUAUGAGAAGGAUUUCUCAGGAAGUUACUUUAGUCUAACAUGUAAAGGAGUACCAAGUCCUCUUGAGUAUCAAGUUAACUGUUCACAAAUUGAAUUCAAAGUACCCAGGGAAUGGACCAAAACAACUAGCAGCUGAAAUUAAUUGAGCGUGAGUGCAUCUCUCUUCACAUUGGCCAAAGUGGAGUUCAAAUCGGCAACGCAUGUUGGGAACUCUUCUGUCUGGAGCACGGCAUUCAGCCAAAUGGCACCUUCGUCAACCAACCCAGCAAUGAUGACUCUUUAGCCACAUUCUUCAGAGAGACAAGCUCUAGCAGAUACAUGCCCCGGGCUGUUAUGGUGGACUUGGAACAAACUGUAAUAGAUGAAGUGAGGGCUGGCACCUUCCGGGAGCUUUUUCAUCCAGAACAACUGAUCACUGGGAAGGAAGAUGCAGCUAAUAACUAUGCACGUGGCCACUACACCAUUGGCAAAGACAAAAUUGACCUGGCAUUAGAUCGUAUCCGCAAGCUGGCUGAUGCCUGUUCUGGGCUGCAAGGAUUCCUGAUCUUCCACAGCUUUGGUGGGGGUACUGGCUCUGGCUUUACCUCCUUGCUGAUGGAACGCCUCUCCGUGGAUUACGGGAAGAAGUCCAAACUGGAGUUUGCCAUCUACCCAGCCCCUCAGGUCUCCACCGCUGUGGUGGAGCCCUACAAUUCCAUCCUGACCACACACACCACCCUGGAGCACUCGGACUGCGCAUUCAUGGUGGAUAAUGAGGCCAUCUAUGACAUCUGCCGCCGAAAUCUGGACAUUGAGCGCCCCACUUACACUAACCUUAACCGCCUCAUCAGCCAGAUUGUCUCCUCCAUCACUGCCUCGCUGCGCUUUGAUGGUGCCCUCAAUGUGGAUCUGACAGAGUUCCAGACAAACCUGGUACCCUACCCGCGCAUCCACUUCCCCUUAGUGACCUACGCUCCCAUCAUCUCCUGCGACAGAGCAUAUCAUGAGCAGCUCUCGGUGGCUGAAAUCACCAGCUCCUGCUUUGAGCCCAACAACCAGAUGGUGAAGUGUGACCCGAGACACGGGAAGUACAUGGCCUGCUGCAUGCUCUACCGUGGUGACGUAGUUCCCAAAGAUGUCAACGUAGCAAUUGCUGCCAUCAAGACCAAAAGAACUAUCCAGUUUGUUGACUGGUGUCCAACGGGCUUCAAGGUUGGGAUCAACUAUCAGCCUCCUAGAGUUACACCAGGAGGCGAGCUAGCCCAGGCUGAGCGAGCAGUCUGCAUGCUGAGCAACACCACAGCCAUUGCAGAGGCUUGGGCAAAGCUCGACCACAAGUUUGAUCUGAUGUAUGCCAAGAGAGCUUUUGUGCACUGGUAUGUGGGUGAAGGCAUGGAGGAGGGAGAAUUUGCAGAGGCCCGAGAGGACCUGGCUGCCCUGGAGAAGGACUAUGAAGAAGCAGGAACUGACUCAUUUGAAGAAGAAAAUGAGUUGAAUGCCAGCAUCAAGCAAGAUGGCUUUCUGAGAAUCCAGGUCCAAGACAUAUCUGCCUCAUGUCUCUAUGAAGUAGAGCCCAGAGGCCAACUCUGGAGUCCACAAAACUCACCGGUACCUGGGAGCACAGUUCCACACGGCGCUUUCAGGUUACCCUCUGUAUCUAGGCUGAGGGUUUUCUGUCCAAGCACUCCACAACACAGGUGGACAGAGCAACAUAAGGAAGCCUCAUGAAAAACAGUGUGCCCAAGUCUUCCUCAGAAUUUUUAUAUCUGUGUCUGGCCUUCACCCCAGACCAGCACGUAUCUCCAGCACUUGAGUUCAUGGGCUAUCUCAAGACAGAGCAGGUCAAGCACUCUCUUUGGUCUAAAGCAGAUUUGCAAAGGCCUUUUUCUUAGCUGUGCAUGUGUGAGAAAGGGAAAAAUAGUAACCUGGGUCAUCCCAACAUUCUUCAAUUGAUUCUAGGGAGAAGGGACACCACUCAAGACUCUGUCACUCCCUGCUCCCUGGAAGUUUUUGACUGGUGAGGUUCUGUUCAGUGUGGCAACCCAAAAUUGGUGAGUCUAUGGGUCCUGGGACAGUUGAGUUUGAGUGGGGUGGAGAGAGGAAUGAUUAACACUGACUCCCAAAAGUGCUCUCACUGCCUGUUUCAGAAGAGAGGAGGCAGGCAAUGGAAGAGCAGAGAAAAGGCAGCAAUGGACUAAGCUGCAAAUACAGACCUCUUUUAGGUUUUGUAGCUGUUGGAUCUGACAUGUUGACUCAAAGAGUACCUAAGAGGAUUUGGGUGGUAGAUUGCUCGAAGUAUUUGCUGUGAGACUUUUUCCUGAGGUGAUUCUCUGCACAGAGCUUCACAUUUGGCGAAGCCACAAGCAUUAACAUUUCAGAUUUUCUGGAGUGCCAGAGCUUGGCUGGAAUGUUACCCAUUCCAUUGGAAGAAGAACACUAGAACAACCUAUUUGUGUCUCAAAGCAAUGAUCUGAUAGUUUUCCAGAGAAGUAUGGGACUCAGCUUAAACAAAUCAACAGAUAGAAAUUAUCAUGGGAGUUCUUCCUCUGUAAAAAAUAUUUGUGGCUCCAGAAAUCUCUAGCUUUUCCCAGCCAAAAUCAGAGUAGUGAUUUGCAGGUUUAUGUAAAGAUCAGCAAAAUGAAGACUAUACCAAAGUAAAUGUGAGUUUAUAAAAAACAGUAUGAACUAUUUCACACUGUUAAAAUGUAGGCGUUAGUUAGAGAAGAUACUUAGAUUCUGGCUGCCAACAGUGGCAGAACGAUCUAUUAAUACCAUCAUGUCAAAGUAGAUUAACCUAAAUUUUAGGAAUUGUGUAUUUCAAUUUCUACUGAUUAAACAUAAUAAUAAUCAGUAUGUUUAUAAAGUCAGAGGACACAUAAUACUCAUAUUCAAGCAAUUAAGCAUGCCAUCCUCCUUGUUAUCUAGGAGUUGCAAACACGAGGAAUUCUCCACUGAGAGAAGCUGCUGCUUUCCAAUGCUGAGCUAGUGCAGAAGGAGGAAACAAUACAGCGGUGGAGGCGUCUUCCCUAAUUUGGUGUGGGAACGUUUGUGUGAUGCCUCCAGCUAUGUCUUGCAAUAAGCACUGCAAUAGAAUCAAAUUUCUUUCUCUGUUUGGACAGAUGAGAUAGAGUCUGUACUGAAUGCUGUCCCAUGCUGCUGGCAGCCCAGAUGACUGUACAUGGAAAGAGAAGCAAUAGAAGUAAAUUGAAACAUUAAUAGAGAGGCAGCUGGAGUAAGGACAGAAAGAAGUCAGGCCAGCCUUUAAGAACACUGGUAGAGCACACUUCACAAUGGUAAUUAUAUUUACUUUCCAGUUCUCUAUUUUUGUUUCUUCCUCUGUCCUUCUGUUUUCCAUUCAUUUGCAUUCUUAUGUCUUCCUGUGCUUCUGUAUUGGAAUUUAGGAGUGGCUUUUGUCUACACAUGCACAGAUUGGCAGAACAGGGAACUGGGAUGGGUUGUGUUCUGUAGGUGAUAGAUAUGUGUAAUACUCAGGUGUUAGAAAGUAUAGUGUACGGCAUGUUACAUGGCCACACUGAGAUUUAAUAAGCAUGCAAAACCAGGAGGGACUAAAUGUGAAAUCUGCAAAAUACCUGAGCCCUGCUUGUCUGGAUGAAUUUGCAUACAUGGGGUGGCGGGGAGGGCAGGAGGCAGCGAUGUGGCAGGCAGAGCUGCGGAGUCGGUGACCUAUUCCCCACCGCGUUGUGACACUGAAGCACAGCAGCAGGUGCAGGGUGCUGGGCCCGGGCUGCCAUCUACCCUGCAGCCCAGAGCUGGUUCCUGCAAAGACCUGCCACCGCUGAUCCGAAAGGGAAGGAAGCACCACUGGAGACACCAUGGUAAGGGGGAUGUGGGAACACCAGUCAUCCGGGGACCAGGAGAACCGCGGGUGAGGGAAGGCAGGGGGAUCUGCUGCUGUUGUCAGCAGUUUGUGCCAGAAAACCCUGAUCUCACACACCAAUUGCUACGUAAGAGGAUGGGAAAAGAGUGCCAGAAGAUCUCACUGGAGCUGUAAGGCAUGGUGAACCAACGUUUUCUUCAGAGUCUCUAAUUGGUGGAAUUAUAAGAUAAAUUAAACCUGGAGCCUUAGCUUUUUCAUAUUUUCUGUUGUGACUGUAUUUUCUCAACACAGGUUCAUUUUCAAGUGAGAUAAUAUUUUUUUAAGAAAUAAAACAGAAGUUACCUUUG